CUCUACACUCUCCUUUCUUCUCCAACCUACGCUUUAGCUGGUCUCUCUCUCUCUCUUUCCUUCUCUCUUAAUUUGAAGAAGCUCAAGCUAAGAAGAAAAUGGCAAAGGAUGUGGAAGUUGCAGAGCCUACAGGAGAGUUCUCAGGAAAAGACUAUCAUGACCCUCCCCCAGCUCCUUUGAUUGAUAUGGAUGAACUUGGCCAAUGGUCUUUUUACAGAGCUCUUAUUGCAGAGUUUAUUGCAACUCUUCUUUUCCUUUAUAUUACAGUAUUGACUGUGAUUGGUUACAAGAGCCAAACUGACCCUAACAAGAAUGCUGAUGCUUGUGGUGGUGUUGGUAUUCUUGGUAUUGCUUGGGCUUUUGGUGGCAUGAUCUUUAUUCUUGUUUACUGCACUGCUGGUAUCUCUGGAGGACACAUUAACCCAGCUGUGACCUUUGGACUGUUCUUGGGACGCAAAGUGUCCCUAAUAAGGGCACUUGGGUACAUGAUAGCACAGUGUUUGGGUGCAAUCUGUGGGUGUGGUUUAGUGAAAGCCUUCCAAAAGGCUUAUUACAAUAGGUAUGGAGGUGGGGCUAAUGAGUUGGCUGAUGGGUAUAACAAGGGCACUGGAUUAGGUGCUGAGAUUAUUGGUACUUUUGUUCUUGUCUACACUGUCUUCUCUGCUACUGAUCCCAAGAGGAAUGCAAGAGAUUCCCAUGUUCCUGUUUUGGCCCCUCUUCCAAUUGGGUUUGCUGUGUUCAUGGUUCACCUUGCCACAAUUCCAAUUACUGGCACUGGCAUCAACCCUGCUAGGAGUUUUGGAGCUGCUGUUAUCUACAACAAAGACAAGGCAUGGGAUGAUCAGUGGAUUUUCUGGGUUGGACCUUUUGUUGGAGCUGCCAUUGCUGCUUUCUAUCACCAGUACAUCCUCAGAGCAGCAGCUAUUAAAGCUCUAGGAUCUUUCAGGAGCAAUGCUUAAUCUAUCAAGCUUUUUUUAAUUUUAUAAUUUAAGAAAAAUAGGUGGUGGUGCUGGUGGUUAAAAAGGAAUAACAAUGGAUGAUGACGAGUGCAAUUAAGUCUGGCUUCAAAGGGUUCCCUUUCACCAAAUUUGUUUUUUCUUUUCCCUUUAGGGUUUUGAGGGAGAAAUUUGGGAAGGCCUAUGGAAUUGUAAAUAAUAAACAUUUGAUGGUCAAGGUUUCUUUUCAAUCUCUGUUGUUUUUGUUAUGAUAUUUGUAUUUUAUGUCCUUUAUGUCUAUCUUUUAAUCCUUAUCUUAUAAUUUUCUAUCUUUUAAAUUAUACAUUAUCCUUUGGGUGUAUUUAUCUUGGUUAAGCAUAUAAUUUAUUACAUGGUUUUGUCU